CUGGGUUGGCUAAACUUAUUGCCAGAGUUAAACAGAUAACGCCCAGUAACAACACUGGGAAAAAUGUAUCUCAAAAAUCAGAAUAAAAGGCAAAUUAACAAUUCCCUUUUUCUUCCACGUCACGACGACUUUUUACAUCCCUUGAACAACUAAAAGCUGUUUUCCUUAGUGAGACAGUAGUUGGCUCUCAUGUUGCCUGACCUGGAAGACGACCAGCCGACGUGAACUUAACAGGCUUUAUCGAGUGCAUGCGAUAAUUGAUUUUAUUUUAUUUUAUUCACCACCAACCAUGUCUUGUGCCGGGGAUGAAGACGACCCAUUUCCCGUGGACGACUGUCUGUUUGCCGAAACAUUUUCUCUUGAAAACCAGUACCAUCUGUUCGGUGAAGAGCUGAAGAUAAGACAGGUGUUCGGUGCCAACCUCGGCGUGGCCGCUCCGGUCUGGGAGGCUGCGUUACACUUGUGUCGUUACUUCGAGGAGCAGUCUGUGGAGCUGAGGGGAAAGCGCAUCAUAGAGCUGGGAGCGGGGACCGGUGUGGUCGGUAUUUUGGCAGCACGCCUCGGUGCAGCUGUGACCCUCACAGACCUCCCUCUGGCUCUCCCACAGCUUCAGGCCAACGUCUCAGCUAACAUGCCGUCCAGUGGUUGGCCUUCUCCUCCUCCCACUGUCCUCCCUCUGUCCUGGGGUGAGGACCACAAAAACUUCCCGACUGACUGGGAUCUGGUGCUUUGUGCAGAUAUAAUUUACCUCCCAGAGACUUAUCCACUGCUGGUGGAGACGCUUACUCAUUUGUGCAAGAAUGGUGCUGUGGUAUAUCUCUCAUCCAAGAUGCGAAAAGAGCAUGGGACCCCGGGUUUCUAUGAGGAGUGUCUACCAAGCAGAUUUAACGUGGAGCUUGUGCGCCGUGAUGACCAACAAAACAUUAAUAUCUACAGGGCUUCUCUAAGAACAGACCAGUGAAAGCAGGAGUAACUGUCUUCAGGCCUGGGACUAGGAUUAGUUACUAUACUGAGACCAGUUUUUUAAGUGCCUUUUAAGACAACUUAAAGAAAAAUGCAGUGAAUGCAUUCUGCAAAAUUAUACUGUCAGAAACAGCAGCUCGGUUUCAGAGUUUCAGAUGAUACUCACUCUUUCUUUAGUUGAAAUUCUGUUUUUCAUCCUGCAUCUACAACUUGUUACACUUAAUUUGUAUAUUCCUUAAAAAAAAAAAAAAAGCUGCUGUAUAAAGAAAUAAAUUUAUUCAGUCAGUCAGUCAAUCAUAUCAAAAGUCAGUUGCGUUCACAUGCUCUGUCAAGCUGCAACAAAUAGCGGAACUUACUGUGAAACCACUAUUUGUUUUUUACUUAAUCAUUGGUUUGUUUUAUUUAUAUAUUUAUAUGGGUAUUAUCAGUUACUUGAGAUAGAUGUAACAUCCUAUGAAUAUUUAACUUUUUAUCAGCAGGGAAUGCUGAAUUUUACAAUACAUGUUUUGAACAAUGAAAUGUGUCCUUUGUGUUUAUUAGUAAAGUUCCUCUGAUGAUAUGUGCAUUGUCUUCAAAAUGUGUGUGAAGUAAUAUUUUUGUUGUUUAGUAGAUUUCGACUGGGCAAUGCUAAAAUAACAAAACAUUCAAUAACACUCGACUGCUGUAGAAAAUGACUGAGGAUCAAAGUUCAGCGCUGGAUUUAAUGGGCACUAGCAGUUACAGCUUCUCUCCUGUUGACAGUGCAGGCCGUGGUCUGCUGAUAUAAAGAAAACACCAAUUUUUUUUUGCGUAUGGGUCAUUAAUAUUCAACACAAUAUUUUUUUGAGAUACAUUAAACCCAAAACAAAGUUCAUCACAUCCCGUCCAACUAUUCUGUCAACAUCAACAGAUUGUCCUCCCUGCAGCCUGCUGUCUGUACAUACUUCAUCCCCUCUCUCCUGCUCUCUGCUGAUGUACAGACUUUCUGUUCAGAAAAGGAAAGCCUGUUUGUUACGCUGGAGAGUUUUAAAGAAAGGGAGACAACCCGUCCGCUGCCUGUCUCUCCCUCUGCUACAAUUCAGCCGACAAAACA